AUGUCCACAUCUACUGCAACUGAGUUAUUUAGUCAAGGAACUGACCCAACCAACAGAUUCGCUAGGAAUAGCAGUAGUUCCAACGAGAACAUCAAUAAGCAUAACUCGUCAACAGUUGAAGAACUUCUUAUUGAAAAAUUAGAUUAUUUCGUAUCGUCAAUCGAAGCAAGAUUGAAUAAUUUUGAAAUCUUUUUUAAAUGGAAAGAGGCCCAUGCUAAUGAUGAAAGUGUGGUUGCUGAAAGAGCCAACGGCUAUAGCAACAGCAGUAGCAACAACUUUUACAAGAGUGGAGGACUGCUCUCGCCUCGUGACAGGAGCGAUUCGUCUUCAAGUUUGCAAAGUUUACAAAGCUUAAAAGAAGUGUCAUUGAAUAAAUUGAACUUGGUUCGUGAUCGACUUAGAUUGAUCAAAAAGAGUGUUUUGAGUAAAGGAUUCACCAAUGUUGAGUUUUUGUAUAAUUUAUUGACUGAUCAAUAUGAUUAUUUGUUUAAUUCAGUGGUUGAUCCAGAUAUGUUGGAUGGUGAACAACAACACGGUCAAGAGGAGAAGUUAAUAGAUGAGGCUACAACAGAGACUACUGGAGCAGCUACUGCUGGUGUAUCCCCACGUGAAGUUCUUUCCAAUAAAUUAAUUGACAUGAUCUACUACUUUGAUCAGAAACUAACCAAUAUAGACGAUUAUCUUCGAGAAAAGAAUGCCAUUGUUGAUAGUGGAUUCAUUGACUUGCAAAACAAUGAACAACAACAGCAACUGCCCCAUUUUGUCAAUUUGCGAUAUUUCAAUUUCAAUCGAGCUUUGAAAAAUGCUGCUAAGAAUAAAUAUGUCCAUUAUUAUGAAUUACCCUUGAUGUGGCGAGAAAACAAGUAUAUUAUCCAGGGGUAUAGGUUUUCUUUGAAACAUAGUGAAAUGUGGAAACUGGUUUUCGCGUGGCAUAAUGAAACGAUGAAUAUUUGGUCGCACUUGGUUGGUGUGGGGAUUGUUUGUAUUAUUGGAUUGGUGCAGUUUCCAUCAAGUGAUGUGUUCCCACUAAUGAACAAAUGGGAUAAAUUGGCCAUGUAUGGGUUCUUGCUAUCAGCUUUAGGAUGCUUGGUUUCUUCAUCAACGUGGCAUACUUAUUCGUGUUUUGCACAUUACCCUAGUCGUGCCAAUUUCGCCUGUAUUGAUUAUUCAGGAAUCACAUUGUUAAUCACAUGUUCGGUGACUGCUAUUGAGUACUGUGCUUUGUACAAUCAUCCCACUUUGUCACUAGCGUUUAUGAUAUUCACCAUGAUGUGUGGUAUUGGUGGGUUUGCCUUCAAUUGGAGUCCCUAUUUCGAUAAACCCGAAUGUCGUCCUUUGCGCAUUGGCUUUUUCAUUGGAUUGUCGUUUUCGGGAUCGACGGCAUUAUUAUGCCAAUCAUGGUAUUACGGAGUCUGGCGUGCAUUUUGGUUUACAUUGCCACUUUUUUACAAGAGUUUUGUGUGGUACUUGUUGGGAGUCGUGUUUUAUGGUGGAUUGAUUCCCGAGAGAUGGAGAUUCGAUGUUAUUAUUGAAGAGAAUAAUGCUAAUGCGUGUCACCAUCAUUAUGAUGCCAUUGAUGUUAUUGAAGAUAAUGUGGGACAUGCAGGCGAAGAGGAAAUUGAUCAGAUUGAACAGGAAUUGUUGGAUUUGGAAUUGCGUCGCAAACAGAGGGUCAAUGAUGCCUUGAAUGGGGAGACAGAGAAAGAUAUAAAGAAGCAUGCUGAAGAUGAAGGUGCCGUGACUGAACAUGAUAGUGUAACUGAUAUGGAUGAAGAAGAAGAUGACGAUGAUGAUUUUAAACGAUUGGUGAAGAAACAUUUCAAAAACGAACCAACCAAGACCCCCUAUGCUGAUAAAUUUAUGAGUUUAUGGUGGGUUGAUUACUUUUUGGCCAGUCAUAACAUUUGGCACAUUUGUGUCUUGUUGGGUAUUUUGGGACAUUAUUCUUGUUUGGUACACAUGUUUAAUGAAAUUAAAGGUGUAUCUUAA